UGGUCGAAUCACAUUUUAAAUUUCGGCGCGCGCCCCUGGUCCAAAACGAAAGAGCCGGAGGAGCUGACGAGCCGCUUCACCGUGAACCGUCUCCCGCUACACCUCAGGAUCCUCCCCGGGAACACGCAGCAGGAUGUCCGAAGAAAAGCCAAAGGAAGGAGUGAAGACGGAGAACGACCACAUCAACCUGAAGGUAGCCGGUCAGGACGGGUCGGUGGUACAGUUCAAAAUCAAGAGGCACACUCCGCUCAGCAAACUAAUGAAGGCAUACUGCGAAAGACAGGGUUUGUCAAUUCGACAGAUACGGUUUAGGUUUGAUGGACAGCCGAUUAAUGAAACAGACACACCUGCACAGCUGGAGAUGGAGGAUGAAGACACUAUUGAUGUAUUUCAACAACAGACAGGAGGCGUCUGUUCUUAAGUGUAAUGUGGACUCUGCUCUUGGAAGAACAUCCACACCAUAUUUUCAUGUUGUAUUUGUUUAUUUUUGUUAUUUCUUUUUUUUCACUGUGCUUUGCUAACACAGUGUUGUUCACAAAAUAAUAUUUUUUUUGGGAAGCCAGAUCGCGACUUUUAGGUGUUUUAUUCACAGAUUAAUAAUUAAAAAUGUUCAAUUUUAAAUCAGAUAUGGCUUUCAAUAAAAAAAAAACAUGACAUCCUGCAUGUCACAGGAAUCAACCAAAAUCUUUUUCUUUUCUUUUUUCUUGCACACAUUCAAAUUCAGGCUGGACUUAUUUUAAUUAAUGUAAAUGUUCUGAUGAAAACUGUUGCAUCGGAGGCAAUGAUUAAUGUCUCCACAGAUGGGAAAGUUCUUAUGACAUAUUUCUAAUGUAAUAAACUUUCAGUAGUGUUAUUUUUAAGAAAUAUUUAAAAAUAAUUUAAUAAAUUCGUGCCCAUUUUACCUUCUACAGUUGCUAAGGAAAAAAUGCUCGUGCAGAGAAAGAUCAAUAUGGAUGUUUUACCUCAAUACCGUCACACGCGAUACAGAUUCAACUAACUGGUAAUUAAAUUAUGGUUUGUUUCUGGACCAAAAAUGUUAGAUGAAAGAGCUUUGGGUAAUGGAAGCUGACUCGGUAACAGUGGUCUUAUCCCACCUUUUCAGGACCUUUUUUUUUUUUAAUAUACAACAUGUAAUCGUGUCACCUUUAGCAGUCCAUCUAAUCUUAUAUAUUUCAUUGUAUAAAUAUCAAGUCAUUGCUGUGUUGCCAAUUUGAAUACAUCUGUCUCAAAUCUCUUUAUAUUAUCAACAGAUUAGUUCGUUGGACUUGUCGGUCGGUAGAAAUCAUGUUUUGUAAGAAAGUCCAACUUCAUUUUUAAAAGUUUGUUAGAUUUGCAGGGUGACAUUGGCAGAUAUUUCACCAUUUUUUUUUUUUGUACAUUAUUCGUUGUCCCUAUACUGUAUACAAUAAAUAUAGUUUGAUACUCAG